CCGCCUCCUCCUCCUCUUCUUCUUCUUCUUCCUCCUCUUUCCUCCUCCUCCUCCUCCUCCUGCCGCCGCCGCGCCCGGCCAUGUCGAUGCUGCCGUCGUUCGGGUUCACGCAGGAGCAGGUCGCCUGCGUCUGCGAGGUGCUGCAGCAAGGGGGGAACCUGGAGAGGCUGGGCCGGUUCCUCUGGUCGCUGCCCGCCUGCGACCACCUGCACAAGAACGAGAGCGUCCUGAAGGCCAAGGCGGUGGUGGCCUUCCACCGCGGCAACUUCCGCGAGCUCUACAAGAUCCUGGAGAGCCACCAGUUCUCCCCCCACAACCACCCCAAGCUGCAGCAGCUCUGGCUGAAGGCUCACUACGUGGAAGCCGAGAAGCUGCGGGGCAGACCCUUGGGCGCCGUCGGCAAGUACCGCGUCCGCCGAAAAUUCCCUUUGCCCCGCACCAUCUGGGACGGCGAGGAAACCAGCUACUGCUUCAAGGAGAAGUCCCGGGGCGUGCUGCGGGAAUGGUACGCCCACAACCCCUACCCGUCCCCCCGGGAGAAGCGGGAGUUGGCAGAAGCCACCGGGCUCACCACCACCCAGGUCAGCAACUGGUUCAAGAACCGGAGGCAGCGGGACCGAGCGGCGGAGGCGAAGGAAAGGGAGAACACGGAAAACAACAACGCGGCCACCAACAAACCCAACCAACUCUCGCCUCUGGAUGGGAGCAAACCCCUCAUGUCCAGCUCCGAGGAAGAAUUCUCUCCUCCCCAAAGCCCGGAUCAGAACUCAGUCUUGCUCCUGCAGGGGAACCUCAGCCACGCCAGGAGCUCCGGCUACUCCCUGGGCAGUUUGGCCGCAUCCCAGCCCCCGCACAACCUCCCGGGCCACCAGCUCCAGGACUCGCUGCUGGGACCCCUCACGUCCAGCCUGGUGGAUCUGGGAUCCUAAAGGCCGGCGGCGGGUGGCCGGAGGAACGGGAGAGGAAGUUCUGCUCGGGGACAGAAGCCCUGGGUUGUACAUAGAGGACAGCACCCGGUUUUACAGCUCAUCCCCCCCCCACCCCCCGAUUCUCGACGGGGACUCUCGGUUCUUUCACACAACUCCACGUCGGCUCCUGGUCCAGUUCCCUCCCGGCAUCUCCCACUACCACCAUGAUUUUAUUUUAUUUUAUUUUUUCUUCACGUAGCCAAAAAGCCACGAAGAGGCAGAAAACCCUCAGCCCUUCGAGUUCAAACGAGCUGGUCCCAGUGGGAAUUACAACAAAAAAAAAAAAAAAAAAAAGGGGGGGGGAAAAAAUAAAAAAAAAAAA